UUUACCAACCUCCUUGUCCUUUACCCAGCGACCUCACGGAUUAUCUUUCGCUUAGACGACUGGUGGAAGCAUCUUACACUGGGCAAUUAUAACAAUAAUAAUUUUGACGCCCGUCGCCCUCAGAAAAUCAUUUCAAAUAAUCUGAUCAAAUAGGCCUAACAUUUUUCAAGAGAUCUUGUGAGCUCUUUUGAAAAUGGCUGAAUUUUUCUAAAUGAAAAACAAAUCACUCUCAAUAUCAUUUUACCUCCAUAACAAGACCUCAGGCCAAGAGCUAGAUACAUGUAUAUCAUCUGUGCCUAGCCUAGCCCAAGUGAAAACUAAGUGAAGUAAAUCUGGAGAUAUCCAUCUUCCUCCUUCCCUUUCAGGCAAUACAAUAGGCCAACAUUUCCAGUUUGUAAAUUGUAUCGUGGCAUCCAUUUUGUCGUCGACUUCGAAUUUGCUCUUUGAAUAUUUCCAGGAAUCUGUAGCCCUGCGUUUCUGUUCUUACAAUAUUUCAUCAUGUCGGACAGUGAAGCAAAGCAAGAGAGGGCACGAUCCCGAUCCCCGGUACGCAGGUCAAGAUCCAGAUCAAGGUCUCCUCGAAGAAACAGAAAUGAUCGUCCUCCUAGACCAUUCAUGGGGGGCAGAAGAGUGGUCGUACGCAAUAUUCCUUAUGAGCUUAGAUGGCAAGAGCUGAAGGACAUGUUCAGAAAAGAAAUUGGAGAUGUCACCUAUGUGGAAAUGCUAGAGACACCACAAGGAAAGUCAAAAGGAGUUGCAGUCGUCGAAUUUCGUGACCCAGAGCAUGCCAAGCGAGCUAUUGAUGAAUUCCAUCAGAAAAAGUUGAAUGACAGAGCCAUCAUAGUUCGAGAGGAACGGGAAAAAGAUCGCCAAGAGUUCAUGCAAAAUCAAAACAUGAGAUUCCGAGAUGCGGGUGGUCCAGCGAUGGGACCUGGACCAGGCAUGGGAAACAUGGGCAGCGGAGCCAUGGGACCUGGACCUGGUGCUGGGCUUGGGGGCGUUAACCCUCAGAUACUCCAGCAACUGGGUAUCGAGCCACCCAUCACCAACACAGUAUUUGUGGCAAAUUUGGAUUACAAGGUCACGUGGUGGAAGCUGAAGGAUGUCUUUAAGCUUGCUGGUAAUGUUAUUAAAGCUGAAAUAAAAGAAGACAAAAGUGGCAAAUCUCGAGGAAUGGGAGUGGUUACCUUUGAUCAUCCCAUGGAAGCAGUUCAAGCAGUGUCUAUGUUCAAUGGCCAAGUUUUGUAUGAGAGGAACAUGAUAGUCAGAAUUGACAAAGGACCAGAGCCGGACAAGCCUAAGCUGCCCAGUGGCCUAAAAUCAAUAGGCAUGGGCCUGGGAACUGGUGGAGCCCCAGUCACUAACUUUAAUCAGCUGGGAUCCAAUGGAAGUUACGGGUUAUCUGAUCCGUUAAUGAAACCAGAUCUCGGCCUUGGUGGAGGGGGUGGACUGCUUGGCAUGGGCAACCUCGGCGGUGUUAGUGGCUCAGGUCUUGGCCUUCUCGGGUCUGGAGUUGGAGGAGGGGAUAUGGGUCUCGGGGGCCUUGGCGGUGGGCUCGGAGGGGGACUUGGUGGUAACCUUGGUGGUGGCAUGGGACUAGGAGGUCUGGGAGGCUCUGGCUCUCUGAACUCUGGUGGUAUGGCUGGUGGCUCAGGGGGAAUGGGCCUCGGGGGUGGCAUGGCAGGCUCGAUGCCAGACAUGGGCUUGGGAGGUCUGAGUGGUGCCUCCAAAAUGGCAGGGAUGUCAGACAGCUUUUCAAACUCUUACUCUGGCAUGGGUGCCUCCAACUUCAACGGCAACAACAGUCUCUCUGGUCUGGGAGGCUUGGGCCCCAGCCUGAGCUCUCUCUCCACUGGCCUUGGUGGGAUGGGAGCCGGAGACCGCCUGGGUAUGGGAGGGGUGGACAGGCUGGGCCUAGGGGAUGGGCUUGGCAGAGACCGCAUGGGUUUGGAUAGAAUGGGCUCAUUGGGGGAUCGCAUGGGAGGGAUGGACAGACUGCCAGGUGGGGAUAAGCUCAGAGAUAACUAUGGCGGUGGAAGGGACAUGCGAGAUAUGAGAGAUGAUGGAGGCAGGAGAACCACCCGGCCUGACAACUGCACAGUCAUGGUGAAAAAUCUCCCAUACAGUACCAAUUGGCAAGCACUGAAAGAACAUUUUAGAGAUGCAGGUGAUGUCAAAUUUGCUGAAAUUGUUCAGGACAAAGGACGAUCGACUGGCGUUGGCUACGUCAGGUUCAGUAAUGAGAUUGAUGCUCAGAGAGCAAUCAGUCUUAAAAACAGGUCAAGGAUUGAGAGGAGGAACAUUGAUGUGAUUCUACACCGAAACUGAGUUUGAGUGAGUAACUCAAAUGAGUUAAGUUUCAUUACCAGUGGGAACAAGUAUUGGUGUCAUUGACCAUCAUUUCAGCAGCUAGAUGUUGGUUUUCUACAGACUUUACCUGAUCGCGAUGACUUUUGUUUCUCUUCAUGACUUCCAUGUAUCUCUGUUCAUCACAAAUCUCCUAAUCUCUGAAAAAUUAUGGCAGUGUUGUCUUCCCCUUUCAUAGAUUUGUUUGUCUUCUAAAGGUGAAUUCUUCCCUUUUUGUAUUAAGUGGUUGAGGCUCCUUGCUUUAAUAUGUUUAUUGAAUCAAGUGACUCGUUGGUUUUAUGUGUAUUUGAUGUUGCUUUUAAGAGCUGUAUAUGUUUUCUUCAGAAGAGUUAACCUUUAAAUAGGGACAUGUGCCUGUCUCAUGAUGCUUUUUCUGUAGUGAAGUUCUGCUAGCACCUGAGUGGUUGUCACAUUUUCAUCUCUUUUAACAAGUGGAUUUUAUCCUGAUAGGUUUCGAAUCUGUUUGACAGUUCUGCGAUGAUCCAUAUACUUUGAUUUUUUGUUUAUUUUGUUCACAGUUUAUACAAAGUGUUCAACUUGGGCAGGAUUUGUCUAAUCAUAGAACUAUGUUUGUUAUCAAAUGCUACAUGGAGUCUUGUAAUGUUUGUUAUUGCUCAGAAGGGUCACCAUUUGUAGUGCAUGUGAAUGAAUAAACCAAAUCUUUUGCCUUUAAAAAAAUUAAUUCAGGACUUUGGGUGACCUUUGCAUUGACUGACACUGAGUUUCUGUUAUAUUUUUAUUUUCAUAUGUUAGUUACACUAUGUAUUUGUUGUUACUUUCGAUUCUAGGAGAGUUUGUUCUUCAAGUACAACUCUUACGGCAGGUUCAAUAAUUCUUUCAUAGACAUUUUGGAUAAUAUUUGUCACUUUUUUCAGCUCUUGAAUCCUUUCCUUUGUUAAAAGUCUCUUGAAUUUUAUACUUUCACAAAUUGUUUUACGAAAGAACAUCAUUUGAAAACAGUGGUACUGGGUAACAAUGAUUAUUAUUUUGAAUAAAGAUGGCAGUUAAUUGUCUCAUAGCGAAAGCUUUUGUUUUCAUUUUGAUUGUCUUGCUAUACUUUAUCAACAUGGUUUUGGAAGAAAGUACUUGUCUGUUUUGUGCUUUUAAUCUGUAAGUUCUGAGGUCCUUGGAGACAUGUGUAGAUAAUAAUUUCUGUGUGAUUCUGUUGUUUCAGAAAGCACACAAUGAUAUACUUUGGUCGGGUUUUGAAGUAGAAUGGUAUGCGUGCUGUGAAAAUCAAGUAUUUGGGUUGCAUAAAGGUUUUUAUGUAGCUUCUCAGAUGAAAGACACGUCAUUUCUGUCAACUGAUUGUUCAGUUGUUUGUAUUCUUUGUUGUGCUUGGGAUGUACAAAUUUGUUUUGGGUCUUCAGUCUUGUCCGACUAAGUGGAAUGAGAUUCGAUAUCCAUUUUAUGUGGAAAGCUUUUGCAGUGAUCACCUCUUUGAGUCCUGUUUAUCUGCAAGCCAGUCUAAUCAAGUAAGGGAAAGUGUUUGCUGUCGCAUUACAAUAGGCUCUUGGUGUGCUGCUUGUGAUUACUUUGUAGCUGUUACUGGAAAGCUUUAUUCUGGAGUAGGUGGAGUGAGUUUGGGGAAAAUUUUAUUCUUGCCAGUUACAGGAUAUUUUCUGAGUGUGACUUCCUUCCUUUUUUCUGGGGUAGCUUUUAUCUUUAUCGAAAGUUCUUCACAGUCCUUUUUUUUUUAUUGCUGUUGUCUUAACACAUGCUUGGCGUAAGUGCAGCUCAAAAUCAUUAGUAUGCACACUGGCUUAUUGAGAAUGUUAACAGUGAUCUGCAGGCUCUUUGAUAUAAUAUAGAAAUGGUGUGUUUGUACAGCUGAGCCUUUUUUUUGGUUUUAUUUUUGACUUUUGGGUGUAAUGUGGCUUAAUGGACAAUUGGUGAUAUAUGAAAAGGCACUUGGUGUUUGCUGUAAAUGGUUUUCACUGACAUUACAUGUAUUUUGAUUGUUUAUUCUGGUGAGCGAAUGUAAGAGAGGAAAUACUCUAUGCUCCGUGGGCUCAUCUGACUUGAAAAAUCUGUCUGCUUCGUGCCGAUAUGUCCUCUAAUGGUUUGUGUACAAAAUAACAAGUCUGAAAGGUUUGUACGUUUUGUGUGUCUGAAAGUUUGUAUGGCCUUGGUCGUGUAUCAUUUCUAUCUUCUCUCUUCUUGUUCAAGUGUAUCUGUUAAGUGACUUCAUUUGUGAACAUUUUUAACUGUUUAGAACAAAAGAAUAAUGGUACAAAGUGAAAAGUUCUGGGGCUUUCAGCAAUGAAUUACUGAAUGAUUGACUAAUACCUUGUUUAACACUGGCGUUGCCAUUCUUAUUCCAUCUUGAUUGGAGUGGCUUUGGCCAUAGUGACCAGCGUGGGUAUGUUUCAGAAAGUACAACUGUUUUUUUGUUUUUCUCUGUUUCGGCAUAUUAUAUGCCUCCUGAAAAGAUUUCGAGAGGUCCCAUGCUUUCACGCACAUACAUAUAUUGUGGAUUUGGAAAUGAAAGUUAAAAAGAAAAGUUUCCUACUUCAUGGAAAAAGCAAGAUGAUUGUGGUGGAUUGAGGGUUGUCUAUGGUGUCUGCUGCCAGUGCUUUGAACCUGUUCUUGUCUUGGUCUUAUCUGUGUCGUCUUUUGUUGUUUGUGUCUUAAGCUUUUUUGUCAUUAAAAGCACCAUCCAGAUUUAAAACUUCUGAACUUCUGGCGGUUAAUCGUUCAUGCGAAGGAGGCAAUAGCUGUGCUUGCUGAUUCAUGUCUGAAAUCAGCAAUUGUUUUCAACUGAUUGUUGGCUUAUUUGGGAAGACUAAUGUAAGUAUUAACACUAUAUUCACUUUCUGGCUUGUUUACUCCUUUGUCUUUGAUCCUGGAGUGGAGUUAGUUUGUUCUUCAGUGGGCAGGCUGUAGUGUGCAACAAUGGUUGAUGUGGAAGAUAUUGCAUUAUAUUGGAGGAAGGUGGUGAUCAAACGUCAGUCUUGGUUCAUUUGCGGUGGAUUUAGAAAAUAAUAAUCAAUUAUUGCUGUCAAAUUUUAUGCAAGUUGAUAUGCUCAAAGUAAAGAUUGUUAAAAAAAAGUAGUGUUUUUUUUUUCUUUUAAGGCAGGUUCAUUGCUUUGUAGUCAUAUUGGUUUAAAUAAUUGUUGCUUUGCUUGUAUCAGGAUAAUUUUUGUCUUUUCUAAGUUCCAUAAAUAAGGAUAGUUUUUGGCUCGUUUUGACAUUGUAUUUUUAUAGAUUAGUGAAAUGGGUAAAAGAAAUUUAGUAAAUUUAAUAAUUAUCACUUUGAAUUUGCGAGGUAUUUAUCAUUUGAGGGCAUAUACUUCAGGUAGAAACGUUUAAUAAUGUAUUUAAAAAGAUCUGAGGAAGAACUUAUGGGGUAUUGCUGUCUAUAGGGAAGUAAGAUAAAAUUAAAGAUAAUAAUUCAGUUUCAUAUAAAUUCUCUCAGGUCUGUGAGCUGGAAGUUUGCUGCAUAAUACUUAUGGCUGGUGUUGUGUCAACUCGGUGUGGUGUCUGGCGUUCUGCUCCAAGAACAUGAAGAGAUCUGAUUAAAGAUUUGAAUCUGAGGACCCCACAUUUAUAACAAGUCUGCAGGCUCUCAGGAUACCUUGGUCUUGGACUGCCAUACCAAGCCUUGUUAAUGGUUUGUGGAGUGAUACAGCAUGAUACCAGAUGUCUGUGGUGGAGAUUUCUGACAGUUGUUGUGGAUUUGUGGGCUGGAGUCACGGCUGCUUUCAAUCUGUUAGGCUGUCGUACGGACUGCUGUCUGACUGUCUGGGUUGCAGUUUGUUUAUAUCUGGCAGACUGCACUGGAAAGAUUGAAGGGCGGCUAUUCAGCUAUGCUUUUCAUUAAAAGCCCUGAUACUUUGAACAAGGCUGAUGUGGCAACAUUUUGACAUAAAAUUUGUCACUUUUUAAAAAUGAUUAGUUCUACAUGGGCAUGGUUUUACUUGUGUGAAUGAUUAAAUAAAGACUUAUUUUGAAAA